ACGUGUAACCAGUGAUAAGAUAAAGGUUUACAGGGAUGUAUAUAAGUCUUUAUCACACCUCCUUCAGCCUCUCCUUUACAGUCUCCCUGUAGGAGUAAAGUCUUCCAAUAAUCCAAGAUGGCGAAGUACCAGAAGUAUAUUGAUGCCAGCCGUAAAGGAGUCAAGUUCAUGUCCUCCAACCUGGACGAGAACGGGCAGUUCACUGGGGAGGACGUCCGGUACGACAUCGACUCCAUGUACAAACUGCCCAACCAACUACUUCUCGAUGGCAGACCAAGAGAGGCCAACCGACUGCUCAACAACCUGAAGAAGAACUUCAUGCAACCAAACGGAGACUUUCUUUCUUUUCCGGAGAAAACCGGUUGGGAGCGGAAAACGAGUGACUGGCACGUGACCUAUAACUGGCCGUACGUCAACGCCUGGAUUUGUAUGGCUGCGCAGAAGGCGGGAAGAUUCGACAUCUCAUACCCAUCCUUCAACUAUCUGAAGACAUUCUGGAACCCGACUCUGGGGGCGUUCAACUGGUGUGAGCCGUACGAUGCUGCCAAGGAGGGGAAAGGCGUGGACCAAUCCAGUUGUAUCUUCCUCAACUCUCACCUGGGCUUUACCUGUCUGUUCUUUGGAGACCUGGAGAAGGCGAGGUCAACUGGGGACGCUAUCAUCAAAGCGUUUGACGGCCAGCCCAACCUGGACGAGGGGCUGUAUAUGAAGAUUUCAGGUGACAAGGGAGAGGUGGUCACAGAAGGCUGGGGCGACGACCCCAAGAAGACUCUCUUCUUCAUCGUAAAGAGGAAAGAGGGGGGUCAGAUGUACUGGCAGCUCGGCUACCCAAUCAUAUUCCUGUACAAGCUGUACCUCGCCACUGGUGAACAGCGCUACCUCGAGUACUCCAAGAAGGUUGCUGACUUUGCUCACUCCUGCCACAACGAUGUCCUCACCUACAACAAGAGCCACAAGGUGAUGUACGGGACGGGGCUUCUUGCUGCGGCCACAAAAGAGGAGAAGUAUAAGAAGAUGGCGGAAACAAUCGCUGACAGCAUCCUCGGUCAUCAGGGGGAAGAUGGACGCUUCUUGCCAGAGUGCCCGAUUCUGGACACAUUUGAUCAGACAUCAGAAAACGCGGGUUGGUACAGAGAAAUGUUUGUGGAAUUUGAUGUGUUUGAGCAGGAUUAGGUUCACUUUUAUACACGUGUGUUGCUAUGACAAAUAUGAAAAUGACAAUAUUUACAACUUUUUCCUUCGAAAUAUUAUAAGAGAAUUGUGAAAAUUGAAGGCACCCGAACGUUUGCUGUUAACAUACAGUUUGCGUUUUAUUUUAUUUUAUUUUUUUAUAAUUUGUUUAUUUUUUCCAUUUUUACAUUGGUACAUGGACUCCAGUCAUGUUUAAAUACAUAUUAUAGAUUUUAAUUUUGAAGACAUCAUACAGAAUAGCAAAAGUUAAAACAUCAUUCAGAAAACAGACUGUGGCAGAUCGACCAGAAUUCGAUUCUUGAACAUAUCAUAGCAGAAUAUUUUGUUAGUUCAUAAUAUUUUUUUAUCUCCUGUUGUAAAAACUGAAAGGUUGGUAUCUGCUUAGAUAUUUUACAGUUAAAGAUGAUAUUUUUACAGUUAAAGAUGAUAUUUUUACAGUUAAAGAUGAUAUUUUACAGUUAAAGAUGAUAUUUUUGAAAAGGAUAAGAAUCACGUUGAUUGGAUCAUUAUUUUUCUGGCCGAAUCCGAGCAAAAUUUGUUCUUUGGUGAACUUCAAAUUUACAUCCAGAGUAUUGUUAAGCCAGUUUUCAAGAUUUUGCCAAAUAGGAGUAACCUUGCUACAAUCAUAAAAUAGGUGUGUUAUAGUUUAUAAUGACAUGUCCUGUUUCAGCGAAGUCUAAAUAGCUUUUCAGUUUGUGUUUGUAUAUAUGAGUCUACUAUGUACUGAUCGACGAUGGCACCAUACCAUGUGGCCUCUAUGGGCCUUGCAAGCGUCCAAUAAAUCCACGAUUUACA